CAAUUUAUCAUAUGAUGGUGUUAAUAGUGUUGCUGCAGCUAAAAGAGAAAAUUUUGUGUUAAUAACAGAAUUGAAGAACACAAGUACGAUGGAGGAUUAUACUUUUGAACAGACAUUGAAUACAACAUUCUUUAAUUCUAUAGAACAAGAUUUUGAAAA